AUGCUCUCGCCGCGGGCUCAUUUCGUCAGCGGCGUCAUCGGCGAUAAGCUGUAUAUCGCCGGCGGGGGCGACGGGAAACAGCCCAGGUCCGCUGAGGCGGAAUUCUUCGACCCUGUGGAGAACAAGUGGUUUCCGGUGGCUUCUCUGGAGACGGGGAUAUCGUUCUGCCUGGGAGUUUCCAUGGCCGGAAAGCUGUUUGUUCAGGCCAGAGGCGGCGUGUCUCGGGAAACCAUGGUUUUCUUGCCGGAUUUUGGGAUGUGGAGUGCACUCCGGUCGAAUAUGCUGGCGUGGCCUCACAGACCGCAUGCUGUUGUGAAUGAUGAGUUGCUGUACAGGUCGGAUUUUAAGGAUGGGAAGCAUGAAUUGAUGGUCUAUGACGGUCAGAUUGACGGCUGGAAAAGCGUCGGGAUAAUCGACAACGGGCCUAACAGAAGAAUCUGCGAGAUUGUUGGAGUGGGUGGGGAGGUUUGGGGUAUUGCAGAGGAUUUUAGUGUUGGGUCGUUAAAACUUGAGGUGGGCAGUGGGAGUUCACCUAAGCUUAAGUUUGUUCGUUACGUAGGAGGCGCAGAGAGCUCCGAGAGACUCAUCUGCUGCCGUGUACUGGUUCGAUAA